AUGUCGGGCACACCAGCCACGGAAUGCGAUCCACCCUCAUACCUUUCAUCGGACCAUGUCACUGUCAACGAAGAUGAAGGAGUAAAAGGAACUGCGCUUCACUGUUCCGAUGCGUCGCAGGACAAAGACUCCCCAAAGGACUCAUCAGUCCCUUCACCAGCCAGCACGCCGAAAACUCCGUCCACCAAAAGCACCACGGUCAAGCUCACGACGGGUAUCAUUGUCGUGUGGAACGACCAACUCGAGGUACAAACUCUCUGGGGUAGAGUCGAUGUGGCCAUGUUGAGCUACAAGCAGCAGAUCGAGCGCAACGAAAUGCUGACGCUGCGAGAGCAGACGUUUGUCAAGAAGGCAUUCGACACGCUCAUAUUACACCCAUCCGAGGCAACCCCGCGAAACUGGAGCUUGUUCAAGAGGUCCGAUCGGGCUAUCUGGCGAAAGGCCUACAAGUACCUGCGUGCGGACUUCUUGUGCCGGGCAAAACUCAGGCCGCGGUUCGCGAUCCCGGCAAAUGGUUUGGGAGGGCGCGGCGAGGAUGCCUUCAUUCUCCAAUCUGUCGGAUGGCGUGCUAUGGCGCUGCAGCUGUCGAGCAUCCGGGUGGAAUAUAACUUGCCAGACGAAUUUCCUGGUAAAGCGGAUUUUUUGAGGAUGCAUGGACCAUUUCCGAAGCAGUAG